UCUUGCUAAGAUAUUACCUCUGGGCUCUGGCCGAUUAUAGUCCAGGGUUUCGAAUUCCAAUCUCAUUAAUCUCGUACUGCUGGUUACUCACGACGAGGUUUAAGUUAUUUCUGUAGCCAAGAAUGGAACACUCAAAUGAUGAAAGUAGAAAAGAGAGUGUUACAGAUUUGAAAGAUCAUUGCAGCAUCGUCUUUCCUAUACCAUCACAAGACACUGGAUUGACAAAGAACCAACAACGUUUAGGAACAAGUUUUGCAUCUCCAACACCAGAGAAAACGGCUGAGACACUGUCCCGUACUGUUAAGCUCAAAAAGAAUAUUUCUGAACUUCCCGAGAAUUUCAGGUCCUUGUCUGAGUUUUUUGAUCGCAUGGUGUGUUCGAUGAGAUUGCUUAGUCUACGUAAAAUGUCACCUACUUUUAAACACAUUUCCAGUCAAGUGGAAGUCCUAACAGGAAGAAAGUUUCUCUAUGGGCACCUUGCAAAAAUAAUGUACAUAGUUCCUGAAGUGGUUCAUAUUGAUAAAUCACUUGUGCAUGACGAGAAGACAUGUUGCAUGAAGCCUGAUAUUAAAGUUACAUUGCAUCUUGAUGCUUUGGAAGACCACCAUGAACAGUCAAUAUUUAUCCAUGUCAGCAAUGUUUUCCAAGCCAAGCUCAUUGACUUAUUUGCUAAACACUCGGAGGGCACUGACAUUCCGGAAGCUGUACUGCCGGACCCAUUUAAUGGACGCACUCUCACUGUGCAACCAGAUUCAAUGCUAGUCACUACUAUGUCAUCGCCCCCGUUGGAAGAAAUUGAACAAUUGGAGUCAUCAUCCCAUCUCGCACCAUCUUUUAGUUCACACUUCUCUCUCAAGACUGUUGUUCCGGAAGAAAAGAAAUCCGAACUUUUAACCACUUCUAUUUCUUCAUUUAUUGAUGAUAAUGCUGAGACGACUCUUAAAACUGAAAGUGAAAGUUUAGGUACUCUCAAAAGCUCCACAGUUAAGGACUCUGUCCAACAGCUUUCUGCUGGUAGCUCCAAAGUGUGUGAAGGCAGCACUCCGGUAAAGCUUUGCUUAGAAAGUGCAAGUGAUAAGUUAUGUGUUGAAACACCCGCACAGUCCGCUCCACAGAGAUCAGCAUCUGCUAUUACUGCGAAAAGAUCACUUAUGGAUGAUUUGGAAUGGUCUGAAACUGCUAAAUCUUUCUUCCCUGAAAAAGGCGAAAUCAAGGGUCGUACAUUUCCCCGUGGCAAUGUCAUAGCAAGUGAAGAAGCAUAUCCAUCCCGGGAGCCCGAGGAAAGUAAUUUGCUUUCUGGCAAGGAUGUGGAAUGCUUACCUCUGCCACAGCAAAGAUACGUUGAUUUGCCCAAACUUGUGCGCUUAAUUCACAACAUUUUUGAGUUGGUUGGCCGUUGUUCAAUGACUAAAGAAGAACUCUUUCACAAGAUCAUAAUGGUUGACUGUGACAUAGAUGAAACCAGUGACAUUGAAAGACAGAUAGCUCUUCUUGAGAAACUUGUUCCAGAUUGGAUUUGCAAGAAGGGUGAGCCUAGUGGAGGCUUUUUGUACAGUAUCAAGAGUGUCUCAGACUUGGAUUCUGUUUGUGGAAGGCUGAGCAGCUCAUAACAACACUUCGUCUCAAGGUUGUCAGUUUGUCACUAACAAAACAAUGCACGCAUGCCGCAUGUGCUAAAAAUUAAAUGCAUUGUUCUACUAUAUAUAUGUGUGUGCAAUUUUAUCAUAUAUGCAUACAUACUACAUAUACAAAUUUCUGGUUAGGACAAAUGACUGUUAGAUUGCGUCAAAGAUUCAAACUUUUUCUCUUUAGUAUGAAGUACAUAUUUCCACAAUUAAA